AUGAAUUUCCCAAGGGAGAAAGGGUGCUCUCUCGUCCAGGACGUCAAGCAUUCCUUUGAACCGCCGGUGCCGCCGCAGGUCUUUAUGGUCAACGAUGGCUUUCCAGCAGAGGCAGUGGUGCCCGAUGCCCUAGCCGCCCACCAUGAUGCUCGCCGACUGGUCCGCCUUGUACAAUGCCCUCGGUGCUCUCACCCACUCAAGGCACCUGUGACGUUGCCAUGUACACACACUGUCUGCCGUGCAUGUCUACCAGAACCCCAGCCACGGAAGAACAUAUCUUAUCCGAAUACUCCGGACCGCCUAGUGGGAAUCACCUGCCCACUGCCGGGAUGCGGGACAGAGCACGCCGCCGCAGAAUGCUCAGUGGACGUGACCUUGACCAAGCUGAUGGAAUUGAUUACGCAAGAGAUAGCGCAGCAUAGACCAUGCAUGGAAGAUUCACCAACCCUGCUCGAGGAGAUCUUGCAAGACGAUGAAAUGGUCGAAAACGAGUCAGAGGAAGAGAAGGAACGAAUUAGCGAAAAGGGCAACCGGCAAGUGCUGCAUGGCGGGCGUCUAGUAUCGACGUUCACCAUGGCAGAGAUGGGACAGCUCCGGUACAACUCCGAAGUAGAAUACUCGACCAUGUCGCCGGAUGGGGACGCAUACGAACAUCUAGACGUCAUCAUUCUCGAACGUCUGCGAGAAGUAACCUACCAGGAGCUGGACUGUCUUGUAUGCUACAACACGAUGCUAGAACCCACCACGACCACCUGUGGCCAUACCUUCUGUCGCCGCUGUCUAGCCCGCGUCAUGGAUCACAACAGUAUUUGUCCUUUUUGCCGAAGGGAUUUACACAUCUCUACCUCGUUACAAACAAGCCAGAGCGGCAACGCUGUCUUGAACUCCCUUUUGAAUGGACUAUGUCCGGAUCUGGUCGCCUCCCGUACUGCUGCGGUAAAGGCUGAAGAGCAGGCUGGCGACGAGGUUUUUAACACCCCGUUGUUCAUAUGUACAUUGGCGAUGCCCGCCAUGCCGACUUUUCUCCACGUUUUCGAACCUCGGUACCGUCUGAUGAUGAGGCGUGUACUUGAGGGUAACAGACAGUUUGGUAUGGUCAUGUAUAAUCGCACAUCCUCGUCACAAGGCGAACUUGGAUCGGUUCCAUUCUUCGAGUACGGUACUUUGUUGGAGAUUAUCAACUACGAGCUCCUUCGUGACGGUCGCAGCUUCGUGGAGACUCGAGGUAUCGGCCGCUUCAAGGUCAGGGCACAUGGCAUGCUCGAUGGUUAUAAUGUCGCCAGCGUUGAGCGUGUCGAAGAUGUAUCUUUUGCUGAAGAAGGUGCCUUGGAGCAGCAAGAGACGACCAUGGCACGAGCCUUUGCAGAGUCACAUUUCCGCGCGGAUCCGCAAACUCAGUUACCCACCGACAUUGCUAUUGAGUCGCUGUCUACUCAACAACUUCUCGAUACAUGUACGGCAUUCGUGCGAGAAAUGAGAGAAGCGAGUGCGCCCUGGCUUCGCGACCGAAUCAUUCAAGUUUACGGAGAACCACCCGAGGAUCCUGCUCUAUUUCCAUAUUGGUUUGCAUCGGUCGUUCCCGUGGUGGAAGAGGAGAAAUAUGUCCUUCUACGAACUACCAGAGUCCGUGAGCGCCUAAAGAUUGUGUACUCAUGGAUUGGAAGGAUACGUGGGCAACGAUGGGCCUCGGGCAGCGCCUGCAAUAUCCUUUGA